CCCCUCUCCCUCCUGCGACGGCGCCGUCGCCUUCUUGCUGGCCGAGUUGUUGCCGGAAGUUAAGAUGGCGGCCUUUACCGCCCAGACGGACCUGGUGACGGGCUGGUGCCUCUUCGGCCUGGCCUUGCUGGUUAUCCUAGCUUUUUGCUGGGUUUAUGUCCGCAAGUACCAGAGCAGACGGGAAAGUGAAGUAAUUUCCACUAUAACAUCAAUUUUUGCUCUGGCAAUUGCACUUAUUACAUCGGCACUCUUACCUGUGGAUAUUUUUCUGGUUUCUUAUGUGAAGAACCAAAAUGGGACCUUUAAGGACUGGGCUGAUGCAAAUGUUACAAGACAGAUUGAAGACACAGUUCUCUAUGCAUAUUACACACUGUAUUCCAUCAUACUGUUCUGUGUAUUCUUAUGGAUACCAUUUGUCUACUUCUACUAUGAGGAGAAAGAUGAAGAUGAUGCUAACACAUGUUCACAGGUUCAAACUGCAUUGAAAUACACACUUGGGUUUCUUCUGGUUUGUACCGCUCUUCUGAUAAUUGGAGCCUUUGUUCCACUUGAUAUUCCCCAUAAGAAAAAUUCAACAGAAUGGGAGAAAGUGAAACUUCUGUUUGAAGAGCUUGGAAGCAGUCAUGGUUUGGCAGCCUUAUCGUUCUCGAUAAGUUCUUUAACCCUUAUUGGAAUGAUGGCAGCGAUUACUUAUACAGCUUAUGGCAUGUCAGCUUUGCCUCUAAACCUUAUAAAGGGGACAAGAAAUGCUAGUUAUGAACGCUUGGAAAACACUGAAGAUAUUGAGGAAGUGGAACAAAAUAUACAAAGAAUUAAAUCCAAGUGCAAAGAUGGUCGACCAUUAGCAAUUCGAGAAAGGCGCACAUUGCAGCAACUUGAAGAUAAGCUAAGAGGUCUUCGAAGGAGAGGACGGCGCCUGGAAUAUAUUGAGAAGAGCUGUUGGACAAAGUUCUGUGGAGCCAUGAGGCCACUAAAAAUUGUGUGGGGAGUGUUCUUCAUCCUUGUGGCCCUGCUCUUCACCAUUUCCCUCUUCUUGUCAAACCUGGAUAAGGCCCUGCAUUCAGCUGGGAUAGAUUCUGGAUUUGUGAUCCUAGGAACUAAUUUGACCAACCCACUGAAUAUGCUGUUACCAGUUCUACAGACUGUGUUCCCCCUUGAUUAUAUCCUUAUUACAACUAUCAUCAUGUACUUUAUCUUCACCUCAAUGGCAGGAAUUCGAAACAUGGGAAUAUGGUUCUUCUGGAUAAGGCUAUACAAGAUCAGACGGGGGCGGACUCGACCUCAAGCACUUCUUUUCCUGUGUAUGAUACUUCUGUUGAUUGUUCUUCACACGAACUACAUGAUCUACAGUUUGGCCCCUCAAUAUGUUAUGUAUGGGAGCCAAAAGUAUUUAAUGCAGAAUAACGUGACUGUUGAUGGCCACCUGACAAAUACAACAACAUGGGCAGCUAAAGUUUGCGAUGCAGAUGCUCCUGAAGAUCAGUGUACAGUUACUCGGACUUACCUAUUCCUUCACAAAUUUUGGUUCUUCAGUGUUGCAUAUUAUUUUGGCAACUGGGCUUUUAUUGCGGUCUUCUUGUUUGGGUUAAUUGUGUCGUGUUGCAAAGGAAAAAAAUCAGUCAUUGAAGGUGAAGUGGAUGAAGAUGAUUCAGACAUAAGUGACGAUGAGCCGUCUCUCUAUUUUGGUUGAAAACCCAUAGUCCCAAAGGUUAAAGCACACCAUGUAAAACUGUGAAAAUGUUAUUUUGGUUUGGACUUUGCUCUUGAAGAAAAUGGUAUUUUUGAUGUUAAAGAGGCUAAGGGAUGUAAAGCAGAAUUGGAAAUUUAAGAAUCUUACUGUUUUAUAGUUAAUCUAAUAUGUACAUAUACAGUCCACAAAAGAGCUAACUUUAUGAAGGAAUGAUUAAAGAAUACUAUAUUUUGAGUGUACACUCUGAUACUGUGAUGUCAUUUAAAUUACCUUUCAGUUGGUCUAGUUUUAAAUUACAUUAUACCGGGUUUCUUUUGGCAAGGUUAAAAAGAAUGGGUGCAAUCAUACUUACCUCUUACGAAACCAAAAGUUUGACAUUGCCAGUGCUUACUGAUAUACAACAAGUGUUAAAAACACAUGCGACAGUAACUAAUACUUAAGCUGUAAGAAGUGCUAGAUGGGAAAUAUUUUCCACUUCCAUUUCAUAUGUCAGAGCAUAGAGAUUGGGAAGCACCACUCAUAUGUCAUCUAUCUUCCAGCCAUAGGUUCAUACAUUUGAACGUGGAUUUUCCCAUAGCUCAGCUAUAUUGAGCAUGCUUUUUGCAUGAUUAAGGAGACAAGAUAAAUAACAAAAGAUCUUUUUAUGUACAGCUUAGCUCUGAGUCAUUUUAAGUUUGGUGGGACAGAGAGGAGGAGGGGAGUGGAAGUGUUAUGUCAUGCCAAGCGUCAUGAGGAAUGUGGUGGAGAAUAGAGUAUCUGGAAGGGCCCACAGAUCUUAAUAUAUCCAGAUGUGUUUGUAAAGAGGGAAUAUUAAGGAAAAUGUUCCUUUCUUCCUCCAAUUUGAAACUACUAUCUUCAUGUCCUGCAGCAAUGAUUACUAUACGCUAUUGGAGUUUCAUACUCAGAAGCCCAGGCCAGUAAGGCUAGUGGUCAGGAAUUCUUGGAGUUGUAAUCCAACAUUUUGGGGACCCAUCCUUAGAAACCAUUGGUCUAAAUUAACAGUAUGUGAAUUUUUAAAAUAUGUUGGCUGUUAAUCACAUAGAUUACUUACUGUUCUGUGUUCAUUGUAAUUCAGCUUUAAUAUACCAGAUAUUUUGAGUUGAUUUUUUAAAAGUAGUUGCGAUCUGUCCAUUUUCAUUUUGUUCAAAGUUAUAACUAAAUGUAAUAUAUAGAUAUUUAAAAUCAUGCAAGAAUUUUCUGUAUCAUUUUGUAAAAUAAACUGAUUGACUACUUA